AUGGGAGAGAAUAACAAGGUUGAGAUCAUCAGUGAAGAAAUCAUAAGACCGUCAUCUUCAACUCCUGCACACCUGAAAACCUACUUACUUUCUUCCAUUGAUCAAUUUUCACAAGCAGUUUAUGGCCGAGUGGUUUUUUUCUACACUCAAAACAUUGAUGAUCAUAAUGCUAGCAACAACAACAGUACUGAACCUUAUUCAUCAUCUGACAAAAAAUCACAGCAGCUAAAGAACUCUCUCUCCAAAACCCUAUCUCGAUUCUACCCUUUUGCAGGAAGAAUCGAUAACAACACAUCAGUAGACUGUACUGACGACGGAGCUCCAUACGUGGAAGCAAAAUUUAAUGGCCUUCUCUCAACUUUUCUAGACGACCAAAGAGACAACCCUGUUAUAAUCGACCAAUUCUUUCCUGCGGCGAUCCUAUCACCGGAGGCAGCCACGUGGCCGAUACUGAGAGUUCAAGCCACUUUCUUCGACUGUGGGGCAUUGGCUGUUGGGGUUUGCUUGUCGCACAAGUUAUGCGACGCGAGAUCUAUGAGUGUGUUCAUGAAAAGUUGGGCCGAGACCUCAAAAGGGUUGGUUCAACCAGUGGUUCCAAUUUUCAAGGUAGCUUCCUACUUUCCACCGGGAGAUUAUCACACUAAACUAAAAGUUCCUCCUUCUAGUAAUAAUAAUAAUAAUAUGGUUGAAGAAUUGGUCACAAAGAUGUAUGUGUUUAAUAAAGAGAAAAUUGUUGAACUCAAGUCGAAGGUCGCUGACACUCGUGUGCAGCAACCUAGUAGGGUUGAGGUGGUGACUGCCCUAAUUUGGAAGAUCAUGAUAGCUGUUUCGCAAUCCAACAUUAAAAACAAGCUUGAUAAGACUACUUAUUUUGUGACACAAACUAUGGAUAUACGUAAACGGGCUGAGCCUGCUUUGCCAGAGGAGUUGGUUGGAAACUUGGUAACAAUUAUUCCUGUGGAAACAAAACUCAAUGAGCCUGAGCUAGCUGAUGUGGUAGCUGAGUUCAGAAAUGGAGUGAGAGAGUUUACAGAGAAGAAAGGAAAGAGUCUUAGAGGAGAUGGAGCUUUGACAGUGAUUCUUGAGGUUGUGAAAGGACUGUUGGAGUUGUUGGGAAGAGAUGACACUGAUGGGGUUAUAUUCACUAGUUUGUGUACUUUUAAGUUGUAUGAGAUAGCCGACUUUGGGUGGGGAAAGCCAACUUGGGUCAAUAUUCUUCCUCUUCCUAAUGGGGUAGUGAAGAAGUUGGUGACAUUAAUGGAUACCAAAGAUGGAGGUAUUGAAGCUUGGGUUAGUUUGGAUAAAGAAGAGAUGUCCUUAUUUGAGUCUCAUCCUCAACUUCUUGAAUUUGCAACACACUAUUACUCCAUCGUGUGA